GUGGCAACUCCUCUCGCUCUCUAUAUAAACUAAAUGUUAUGUCCAUAGGAUACAGCAUUUCUAAAACUAUGUUUUAUGUAGAUAUACUCCUAUAUUUCGUCCAAAUGUCGCAAUGCAAGGUGACUCAACUCCUCAUUUGCCUGUGUGUGAGUCUCCACCCCUGAUGGAGCGGGCAAAUCUCGCGACAGCGCCUCCUCUCGCGAGGCCGCCCAGCAUCGCCGCUGCUGCAGUGCCUAUAAAGCGGCGAGACGCGGAGUUGCGGCAAGGUCGCGCAGCAUCACGGCGAACGCUAGCCACGGAACGCUCGGUUCACGGAGAUCGUUAGCGUCCUCUGGAGCGCGUCGGAUAUUUCCUCACACGAGUUCAGCUGUCAGGAGUUGUUGGCUGGACGCACGCGCCACUGUUCUCCGUUUGCAUCCGCAUGUGCGCGUCGCGCUGCGGGAAGCGCGGCGCGUUGUUUUAGUCUUCCUGCAGCAUCAGUGUCACCUCCACCGGCUCCGCUGCACUUCACCGGACACUAUCGGCUCUGAGGAGGCUUUUCUGUCAUGUCGGCGUCACCUCCGCCCCCCGCCGCCGCCGCCGCCGCGAGCGACCAUCUCUCCGCGCCCGAGCCUGACGCGCUCAAACCCGCCGGUCCCACACCGAGCCAGAGCCGCUUCCAGGUGGACCUGGUGUCGGAGUGCGCCGCCUCGGACUCCUCCCCACCCGAAUACUCCGCCGAGCCGCUCCGGGACCCCGCGUCCGGCGGCGAGGAAGCCAAGGGCCGGUUUCGCGUCGUGAACUUCGCGGCCUCGAGUCCGGACGCGGCACCGGCGGACAACGCGCAGAACGGGGACACGGUGAUGAGCGAGGGUAGCCUGCACUCCUCCACCGGCGGCCAGCAGCACCACCACUACGACACCCACACCAACACCUACUACCUCCGCACCUUCGGACACAACACCAUCGACGCCGUGCCCAACAUCGACUUCUACCGGCAGACCGCCGCUCCGCUGGGCGAGAAGCUGAUCAGACCCACCCUCUCGGAGCUGCACGACGAGCUGGACAAGGAGCCGUUCGAGGAUGGCUUCGCUAACGGCGAGGAGCUGACUCCUGCAGAGGAGGCCGCGGCUAAAGAAGCCUCCGAGUCUAAAGGAGUGGUGAAGUUCGGCUGGAUCAAAGGAGUGCUGGUGCGCUGCAUGUUAAACAUAUGGGGUGUGAUGCUCUUCAUUCGAAUGACAUGGAUCGUGGGCCAGGCUGGAAUUGCGUACUCCUGCAUCAUUGUCAUUAUGGCAACUGUUGUGACUACCAUCACGGGCUGCUCGACCUCUGCGAUCGCCACCAAUGGCUUUGUACGAGGAGGUGGGGCAUAUUAUUUAAUAUCUCGAAGUUUGGGCCCAGAGUUCGGCGGCUCCAUUGGUCUGAUUUUUGCCUUUGCCAACGCUGUGGCCGUGGCCAUGUACGUCGUGGGCUUUGCAGAAACUGUAGUUGAGCUGCUCGUUAAUUCUGAUGCGCUCAUGCUCGAUCCGAUUAAUGACGUCAGGAUCAUUGGAACCAUUACCGUCAUCCUGCUGCUCGGCAUCUCAGUAGCUGGAAUGGAGUGGGAGGCCAAGGCUCAAAUAUUCCUCUUGUUCAUUUUGAUCACUGCUAUCUUUAACUACUUCAUUGGGACCUUCAUCCCUGUUGAGUCCAAGGAGAAAUUUGGCUUCUUCAGUUAUGAUGCGGGCAUCUUGGCGGAUAACUUUGGCCCAGACUUUCGAGGGCAGACGUUUUUCUCAGUUUUUUCCAUCUUCUUCCCGGCUGCCACAGGCAUUUUGGCUGGAGCCAACAUCUCAGGAGAUCUAGCAGAUCCUCAAAUGGCCAUCCCAAAAGGAACGCUGUUGGCUAUCCUCAUAACAGGCCUCGUGUACAUGGGUGUGGCCAUUUCCGCAGGUGCUUGCAUCGUGCGGGAUGCUACAGGAAUGGAGAGUAACGUGACUCUCAGUGGCUUAAACUGCACUGACGCGGCCUGUAAGUUCGGCUAUGACUUUGCUUCCUGUAGACCUGCAGUUGAUGGAGGAAAGUCUGCCUGCAAGUUCGGCCUUCACAAUGAUUUCCAGGUCAUGAGUGUGGUGUCCGGCUUCGGUCCCCUCAUCACGGCGGGCAUCUUCUCGGCGACCCUCUCCUCCGCCCUGGCCUCUCUCGUCAGCGCCCCCAAAGUCUUCCAGGCUUUAUGCAAAGACAAUAUCUACCCUGGGAUUGCAAUUUUCGGGAAGGGCUACGGCAAGAACAACGAGCCCCUGCGAGGAUAUUUCCUCACCUUUGGCAUUGGCUUGGCCUUCAUUCUCAUUGCGGAGUUGAACGUCAUCGCCCCAAUCAUUUCCAAUUUCUUCCUGGCAUCGUACGCUCUCAUCAACUUCUCUGUGUUUCACGCGUCGCUGGCCAAUUCCCCCGGAUGGAGGCCCAGCUUCAAAUACUACAACAUGUGGGCGUCUCUGGCCGGGGCCAUCCUGUGUUGUGUGGUCAUGUUCAUCAUCAACUGGUGGGCGGCCCUCCUGACCAACGUCAUCGUCUUGUCCCUCUACAUCUACGUCAGCUACAAGAAGCCAGAUGUGAACUGGGGCUCGUCCACUCAAGCUCUGACGUAUCAUCAGGCCCUGACACACAGUCUGCAGCUGUGCGGAGUAGCUGACCACAUCAAAACCUACAGGCCACAGUGUCUGGUGAUGACCGGAGCUCCAAGCUCACGUCCAGCUCUUCUUCAUCUGGUCCAUGCCUUCACCAAGAACGUGGGUCUGAUGCUGUGCGGCCACGUGCGUGUGAGUUCCCGGCGGCCCAACUUUAAAGAGAUGAACAGUGAUAUGUUGCGCUACCAAAGGUGGCUCCUCAACAACAACUCCAAGGCGUUUUACACUCCGGUGGUGGCUGAAGACCUUCGGCAAGGAACCCAGUACCUGCUGCAGGCUGCUGGUUUGGGCAGAUUGAGACCCAACACGCUGGUGCUCGGCUUCAAGAACGACUGGCGCAUUGGAGAUAUAAAGGAAGUCGAGACCUACAUAAACCUGAUGCACGACGCGUUUGAUUUUCAGUACGGUGUCGUCAUUCUCAGACUGCGAGAGGGACUCGAUAUCUCUCACAUUCAAGGCCAAGAUGACUCUUCGGCGAUGAAGGAUGUGGUGGUUUCAGUGGACAUGAGCAAAGACUCGGAUGGAGACUCGUCCAAACCCUCCUCCAGGGCCACCAGUGUCCAGAACAGCCCGGCCGUCCAGAAAGAUGAGGAUGAGGAUGGCAAAGCCUACACUCGGCCGCUGUUGAAGAAAGAGAAGAGGAGCCCGACGGUUCCCCUGAAUGUGGCGGAUCAGCGGCUGCUGGACGCCAGUCAGCAGUUCCAGCAGAAGCAGGGCAAGGGCACCAUCGACGUCUGGUGGCUCUUCGAUGACGGAGGUCUGACUCUACUGAUCCCCUAUCUGAUCGCCAACAAGAAGAAAUGGAAGGACUGUAAGAUCCGCGUCUUCAUCGGAGGCAAGAUCAACCGAAUCGACCAUGACCGCAGAGCCAUGGCCACAUUGCUCAGCAAGUUCAGGAUCGAUUUCUCUGACAUCACGGUCCUGGGUGAUAUCAACACGAAGCCCAACUCGGAGGGUUUGACAGAGUUUUCUCAGAUGAUUGAGCCAUAUAAGCUGAGAGAAGAUGACAUGGAGCAAGAAGCUGCUGAGAAGCUGAAGAGCGAAGAGCCCUGGAGAAUCACAGACAAUGAGCUGGAGCUCUACAAAGCCAAGAGUAACCGUCAGAUCCGACUGAACGAGCUGUUGAAGGAGCACUCAAGCACAGCCAACCUCAUCGUCAUGAGCAUGCCGCUGGCCAGGAAAGGAGCCGUCUCCAGCGCUCUUUACAUGGCCUGGCUGGACACACUAUCCAAAGACCUGCCACCCAUCCUCCUGGUGCGCGGGAACCAUCAGAGCGUCCUCACCUUCUACUCGUAGAGCUCUCUCAGACAAGCACAGCACCUCAGACUGAUGAUGAUGAUGACCAUGAUGAUUUUAAUGAUGCUGAUAGACGUUUCUCGACAGAGCUGAAACAAACGGACUCCUUCUGCGCCGCAGCGCUCAACAGGAAAGAUCAGCGUUUGGCGUUUGGUUUCUAUUGUCCUCGGCUCACAGGUUUCCGAGCACACGUUGUUACACUGAUUGUUGUUAUCAUUGUUAUCAUUACUAUGACUGUCACAACUUUUUGAGUUGUGGAUUUUUUUUUUCUUCUCUUUUAUAAUUUGCUCUUGAUGAAGCAAUAAUCACCUCAUUUCUUAUUUUCUCACUUUGAAGAAAAACACACGAUUCUUUGCAACACUUUUUAUAGCCUUGUGGAUGUGCCUUCCUGUGCAAUCAGAUUAAAUUCUUAAACUUUUCCCUGACUGGUGAUUUAUAACGAAGUAGACGUAGGCUGCUUGUUUUUAUUGGGUUUUAAAUGUAAAUCUUCCUUGAUUUUAUCACGUUUUAAUGCGAGUGGACUGAGGUUUCCACCGCGCUGCAUUUGAAAACACUUUUUCGCUUUUUUGUAGGCAGAUAUUGUUUGUUUUUGUUUUUUUCUUCAGAGUUAGUCUUCCUUUAAGCAUUGAAUGAGUCUUGUUACAAUGAUCGACCUGAACUACAGGGUGAUUACAAUCAUCUUUCAAGUAGUCUGAUGUAAAAAAAAGAGAGUCAGAACUUUAACAGAACUAUAUUAGUUUUCCCUAGCGUGCUGUUGAAUGGUUUUUGGUGUGAUGGAGAGAGGCUGAUGAGUGCCGUCUGUCUGAAGGAGAAAGAGCGGUCAGAUCCUUUCAAACUAACAAUCAACCAAAUAAGAGCGAAGCCCUUAAAUCACAGAUCCUGCUACAGACCAGACCUUUGCCUUAACAGAUGAGGGGAUGAUUGUUUUUACGGUCUUCAAGCCAUACGGUUCUCCAGACCAGAAAGUCCUCUCAUCUUCACACUCUGUCCGUGUUAUAAAGCAGUCUGGAAUUGUAGAUCGAGGUCGGGCUGUUGCGGUCUUCCCUUCCUUCCUUCUGCUUUCACCGGAGAUCCCCGAGAUGUGUUAAUGUGUGGUUUGAAGCUGUAAGAAUGUGUUCCUCUAUGCAGAUGGACUGCGUGCGACUCGUUGAAAUCGUGCAUCUAAACUCAGGAUUGAGUGCCGGGUUCAUCGUUAGCGUUGGAGACUUGCUCCGUUUUUCUUCAGAGCCUCUGAGAAACCGAUGCGGAUUCGUUCGGUUCCUGAAUGUUUGUCCGGUUGACUCUUGUGAUUGAAUGCUGGGAUGUUUGAGCGGAUGUUUGUCGUAUGACCCAUCAUGCCUUAGUUUCAAACUAUAGCUAAGCGGAGGGUUGGUGCGUUAGCCUCAUGGGUAAGUGUUUGCGUGUCCAUCGCGUUCUGGCUGAACAUGACGUGUCCAGGUCUUGGGUUUCGUCACGCUUUGACUUUAUUUCUAACACUAGUUUUGCUCACAGGCUCAGUGUGUUGUGCUGUCACAGGUUCUGUUGUGCGUUCGAUUCACAGCCCUGCCGUCUGUGUACCUGAGAAAUACUCAAUGUGACAAAGUUAGAAAUGAAUAUAUUAUUCAUAUUUAUAGUUCUCAAUAUAAACUAGUAUUUAAAGUACGUAGCUGUGUGCGCCGCAUGUGUUUGAUUUGAAGUGGGUGACGCUGACGGUACAAUCUUACCUGUUCUGUGUUUGUAUGUUGGUGUGGCUACAGCACUCACUCACCCGACCACGACUAAAUCACCAAUUCAACUAUUACCUGUUAUCUUGAAUGAUUAAGAUACCUGUAUAUUAUAUUUAGAUCUAGAGGAGAGAGUGUGUCACAAGCAUAUAAUGUGUGUUUCUCACUGAUCUAGCUGCAGCUGUAGGUUUCCGUUCGGUGAGGAGCUGUAAAAGCGCCUCUGGUGUUUCUGUAGAAGACUGUUUUUUUUGCCCUCGGCAUGUCAUGGCGUUUCUCAUCCUGCAGAUUGUGUUGCCAAAGUCUGUUUCAUGUUCUCUCGUCAGCUUAUUGCUACAUGUCCAAAUGAGUUCACACAUCAAGGUCAGCGAGUUCCAGCCUCUAGUUCACACUAUACUUCCUUACUAACUUGUAAAUAUCUUUUAACCUAACCAGAUUAAUCAAAGGAGUGGAAUAAUAUUUCUCAUCGUAUUAAUUAGCCGUUAUAUUUAUUUCAGGGUUUUUUUCUUUCUUCUGUUACAGUAGUUUUAUGUGAAUUAUUUUCCUUUUUUUAGUUGUUUGGGUUUAGUCUGCAGAUUCUCAUCUUUGGUCACAUUUCUAUCUUUUAUAUGCCUUUUAACGAUGGCUCUGUUGAGCAGCGGUUUGAGUUUCCUGCUGAACCGUGAGGGUGGAUCUGAUCGACUGAUGGCGCUGGAACAGUAAUGUUUUGAUAUACUGUACUGUUAUUUGUCACAUGUAUGCUUUUUUCUAACAUUUUAACGGUUAAGGGUAUCAAUGCUUUGUACAUCUUUAUUGCAAUAUAUAAAAAUAAACUGAAAUGAUAAUCA